UGAAGUCGAUUUUGAUUAUGGACUUACCUAUGUGCCACCAAUAGCUUCCAUGGACAUUCUGACCUAUAUUGUUUUUACUCACAGCUUUUAUACCCAUGAACAAAUGAGAGCUUAUAAAAGUUUAGCAGCUUACAAAUAUUUCAAGUCUGGCUUUGUAGAAAAAGUGGGUUUUUAAAGUUAUUAAUGAUCUGGUGCUUUUAAUAGGCAAGGUGCAGCAUUCAAUGAGAGCUAGAGAAACCAAAUUAAGAGUUUGGAUUAUCGCUGAAACAGGUGGUAGUAUUUGUACUGCGCAUUGUACUUGCACGGCAGGUCUUGGGGAAGUAUGUAGCCAUGUUACAGCAGUUUUGUACGCUGCAGAGCAUGCAGCAUAUUUGAAGCAGCAGAAAAAUGAAAAGAAUGUAGCGUGUACAGAUGUCAAAUCAACUUGGCCAGUUCCAACGCAAAGUGGUACACAUCCAAUAGAAGCUGCUUCACUAGACUGGGGGAAAGUGAUAGAAGAAAAAAAUUAUAAGGAAAUUCCUCCAAUGGAUGAUAGCGAAAUGUUGGACUUGCUGCAAGAAUUGCAAAAUUCCAAUUGUGACGCUGUUUUGAUGAGGCAUGUAGAGCCAUUUGCGUCACAACUGUCAGAUGAAAAUAAUGAAAAAGUUAGUAUACCAGUCCUUUUUAAUGUGUACCAUAAAAAAUAUGAAAAAAUGCCUCUAGAUGAUCUCAUUCAACUAGGUAUGAAAUGUAAAAUGGAGGUAACCCAGAAUAUACGAAGAGAAAUAGAAGAUAAGACACAGGACCAAAGGAAAUGUGCAGAGUGGUAUAGACAAAGGACUGGUAGAGUAACAGCUUCAAUUUUUAAAGAUGUCUGUAGAACCAAUGUGGAGAAACCAUCCCUAUCUUUGAUCAAAUCAAUAUGUUACCCUCGCAAAAUUUCUACAAGGGCAAUAAGAUGGGGGAUAAAUCACGAACAGCUGGCAAUUGAUGCUUAUAAAAAAGAAACUAGCAGGAAUCAUAGAGACUUUAUAGUGAAUACAAUUGGCUUGGUAGUGUGCAUGAAAUGGCCUCAGUUAGGUGCCUCACCUGAUGGAUUUGUGUAUUGUGACUGUUGUGCUGCGGGUACCUUAGAAGUAAAGUGUCCAUUUUCUCUUCGAGAAAAUGGAAAUUUACAGGAGUAUGCAAGUCGAAAGGACUCCUGUCUUGAAUGUGAUAAAACUGGUACAGUAAAAAUGAAUAAAAAACAUAAGUACUAUUACCAGGUGCAAGCACAAAUAUUUAUUUGUAAACUUAAUUAUUGUGACUUUGUUGUCUGGUGUCCUAAUUUUAUAUUUAUCGAAAGAGUUUUACCAGACAUAAAAUUUUGGGAAGAAAUUAAAGAUAAAGUCCUAAAUUUUCAUGCAAAAGUAAUUAUGCCUGAACUUUUAGGACGUUAUUACACUUCCAGAGUACCAGGUGGCAAUAUAACAAAGUGGUGUUUUUGCAAUAAUGUCGAUGAUGGCCAACCUAUGGUUCAAUGCUCAUAUGAGAAUUGUAAUAUUUUCUGGUUCCAUAUUGGGUGUGUAAAUUUAUUAGAAAAACCCAAAACUAGGUGGACAUGUUCAAUAUGCAACCAGAAACUAUUUCAUGAUUAUGCCACAUAAAAUUUUAAUGGUUCAUGUUUCCAUUAUUUUCAUAAUCAUUAUUGAGUCCAUUCACUCUCUUCUUCCAUUUCGCACUUUCUGCACCAUGGUUCAUUCACCUUACUUGUCACCAUUUCAGUCACCGUUUUCAUCUCUCGUUUAUUGAGGUUCAUGAAACUGUUUGAGUUUUUUAUUAAUAUUCUUGAUUAUUUUUUUUAUUUAGUCUAGACUUGAACUUGAGUGGAUCUCCUUUUCUAUUGAUGAUUCUUUAUCAGCCAUUUCUGAACCUCAUUUUUCGUAGCAUCAUUAGUGAUGCCACAGAAAGGUUCUGGACCUUCAAAAGUUUCCCUCGAGCCAUGUUUAUUCCAUAUAUACAUACAAAAGUACAGUGUACCAUAGUAUACAUAUAUACUUUUAAGAGGAAAUUUUGAAACUUUGUUUCCUUAAUAUUUUUACAAUUCAUUCUACGGUUGAUAUAGGUCAGUCUCCGAAACAUCAAAUAAAUACAUUCUUUUCAGUUUUCAUAUGAUUUAUUUUCAUUAAAAUUGUCACAAAUUUUUUAUUAAUAUCAAAAUACAAAAACAACCAAUGAGGUGUACAUAAAUAAUAUACGCUAGCCACAGUCAUUAUUGUAAGAAUGCUACUUAAAGUUAAAAUUAAAUCAUUUGAAUGCAAAUUAUUGUCUGGAAUUGUUGAAUUCUGGACAUUAUUUUCGUUCUAGUUGAACACAUUUUUUGCAAUUUUUUUAUGCAAUCAUUAUGUUACUACAUGAUCUCUUGCUCUUGUAUUGGCUUUUAAAUUGUUAACUGUACUUAGUUUUUUACAAACUUAAUGUCUGUAUUUUACAUUUCUCAAUGGUUCGUUUCACUAGCUGCUUUACUUACAACUUGCUAGUUGCAUUGCUUUUUUUCUAUGGAUGUUUGUUAUUUAUCAAACUCAUUUGUAGAUGAACUGGUAAUGUUCACUAAUUAGUGAACAAAAAUGUCUUCAAUAAAUAGAUGAAGUAGCCGAA